UUUUCACCUCUCUUAAAUAUUUGUACCAACAAAACAAGAAUAAAUGGAGAUAGAGGCAUAGAGCCAUAGAGGGAGUAGUUUCUCAACAGAUUUCCGUCUUUAUCACUUUGGAUUUUCUCGCCAUUUCAUGAUCAAUUUCGCCAAUUGCUAGCACUCCUCCUUUCCUUUUCUCAUGGUAUCUUCCCACAUAAUUGCUAUCAUCGACAGCAUGUCUGCAUUUCGUAUUUCAAGAAAGCGCAAAGCAACAGCUGAUAGAAUCAGCAACUUGCCAGAAAAUGUAACACAACAAAUCUUGGAAUGUUUACCUCUGCAAGAGGCAGCAAGGACGAGCGUAUUAUCAAGCCAUUGGAAACAUAAAUGGGCGGCGACUCAACAGCUUGUACUUGAUAAGCAACUUUUUUCUAGCAUCUUGAAGAAUAAAAUGGAAACAACAGACAUUUCAUUGGCAUACUCAAAAACAGUCAAUGAUAUCAUAUUGAGUCAUGUUGGUCCCAUAUGGAAGUUUGUCCUUUACCUUCCCUCUUGGUUUCCAAAAGAAUCAGAAUUUAGUCAAUGGAUACAAUAUGUGUGUGCUAAUGGUGUCAAGGAAUUCACUGUGGAGGAUGCUUGUCGUCCAGAAAAGUACUUACCUAAUUCUUUAUUCUCUUGUAAGGACUUGACACAUUUGACACUCAUCAACUGUAAAUUUCUCCCUCUUCCUCCUAAGUUUCAAGGCUUUCCAUGUCUUAUUAGUCUUAGGUGGGAGACGCCUUCCUUCACUUCAGACAAUUGUAAACAGAUCAGUGUGUUGGAAACUCUUAUUUCUAAAUGCCCACAGCUUCGGAGCUUGUGUUUAAGCUUCAGUAUGCGUGAAAAGGAAAAUCUGCGUAUUUGUGCUCCAAAACUUCAAGAAUUAUUUAUGGAGGGUUCACUUUCUCAUAUAUUCUUGGAGGGAACCACUGUUAUAAAAAAGCUAGCCUUAGAUCUUUUUUGUACGAAGUUCCAACAUAGCAAGCAUAUGAGUGACUUCUUCAGUACCUUGCCCAAAGUAGAGGAGCUCAUUCUCAAAUGCUUAAUUUGGGGGGCGAUGAAGUGGUCUGAAUUUAGAUCUCCCAGAAAAUUUCAAAAAGGACUCGACAGGUUGCAAUCUCUCAAGUUAGUUGCGAUACCACUGCAUUGUCAUUUCAGUAUUUCUCUUCUUCUUUGCUUGUUCAUGAGCUCCCCGCCUUUAGAGCGACUAUACAUUGAAGCUUCACAACAUGAAAAAGUAUCUGAUGAGCAGCCAAUUCAGAUUGAUAACACUUGCAUCCUUCCGUGCCUUCGAAAUAUACAACUUGUUGGUAUCUCAGGGUUGCACUGUCAGGUGCAACUUAUAAAGUUUCUACUUGCCUGCUCUCCCGCACUCGAGGAAAUGAGUAUUGAACUCAAUGUGGGAAUGGGAGGAGCUCAAGAAAAAUUUCACUUUGUCACAGAGUUACUUCGAUAUCGCCGAGCCUCACCAACUGCCGAGGUUAUUAUCAAGACAAAGACAUUGUCCUCUGUUAGUUACAUUUUCCAUCCCAUAUGGCUUGAAUGAGGAUAAAGCCCUGUCCCUUGAAGUGAUGUGAAUCGACCUGUUCCAUCUUCCAAGUUAGUCUGCUGCUGAAACUAUAAUACAUCUCAGUACGAGAAGGGUUUAGACAUAAUAUUAUGGCUAUUAGGAUUUUAUAGCUAUCUGAUAAUAGUUGCUAAUAUUUUGGACCAAGUAGCUACAUAUUCCUCUAUAUAACAAUGUUGUAAUUGAUCAAGGCAGAUAUGGAUUCUAUGUUCUGUACCUUUUUUUUGCUACCCCUUAGCGAAUCAUGGUGCUUUUGCUGUGUAAUGUAGUUUCCUCCAAUGCAAUGUGUAAUGGAGGCUUUUGCUCUGUAUUGUAACUAUGGUACUUAAGAAUGUAAUGUACAUUUGUUAUCUUCCUCCA